GGUGUCGUCUUGUUCCGGAGAAAAUUAAGACCCCGGUUUUUCUUUGUCGGGGGUUUACAGUUUACACCGGUUUUUUCUUUCGUUUUGGAUUAAGACACCGGUUUUCCCCGGUUCAUGAGAAGGGAGGGAAGCAUAAUAUCGUCUUAGGUUUCUGACUCCCGCCAGAACCUCUGUUCUUGUCUUUUGGUUCGCCGGGAAGACUUGGCCACCGGAGAUACUCUAACUGGCAUUCCAUUUUGAUUACAACUCCCACAGUUCACAUUUCGCCAAAGGAAAUAAAGGGUCCAUGGCUCAGUCAGGAAAUGCUGAUGAAACUCGGGUUUUCAUUGCCCCAGACAAUGUUACUUAUGGGGAUGGACGGGGAAGCUUCCUAUCUCUUAAGCAUCCCAAGUCUGGUAAUAAAGCAUGUUACCUCUAUGCUGACGGCGGUCUUCUAGAAAUUAACUGGUUUAAGCAAUCUUAUGGGUCCUGGUUCUUGGGAGAUUAUGUUUGUGAAGAUGGUCGAUUAUAUACUGCCACUCCAGUAGAUCCAAUUUUCAUUCUGCUGCCACUUUUUGAGGAAGCGCGAAUGCAGAAAGAGGGCGAUCCAGGAAAGUUCAGGCAGUUGGAUGAGAUUAUGUAUAUUCCAGGAUAUCCUGGAUAUCAACAACUGUUAUCUAUUGCGGAGAAUUCAAUGCAAAUAGUCUGUGACUUUAAAGAAAUUGGAGCCACGAAGUUUGUCAGGCUUAAUGACGCAAAGGUGUUGAGGUGGUUGCUAUAUAAGGUGCACCAGUUAAGGCAGGUUCUGCCAACAUUGGAUAAGAACUUUGCUGCUCAAACUGAGAAAGCUGCAUUAACAGAUGCAGUCUCAAUUAUGGGUGAAUACCUGAAAGAAGAGCCAUGGUUGGAGCUUCUGUGCAGCAAAUUAAAGUUGAGCUUAGAAGAUGAAGUGAGAGCACCAGCAAAUGAUGUUCUUCCAUCCACCGACAGUGGUGUUGCAUCAUUUAGUACUACGCAGGAGAAAAAUGGGGCUGAGAAGAAAAAUGCUAGAGCUGGAAGGCAAACAAAAAAGGCCAAAGUAGAGACAGACAGUAAAAAUAUCAAAGACAUGUUCAGCAGGGUUUUGAGAAAGAGAGGCUGAAUUCUGCCACAGAAUGAGCUUGCAGUUGCAGAAAUGCACCUGCCACGGCAAAGUAGGAGAUGUUCAAACUUCAAACCAUUUGCAAGUAGCCAAAUUUGGCUUUCUGAAUGAUUGAUCCUGCAAGAUAGAUGCCGCUUUUCUCCAUGGCCAAGUGCUGUAAAUCCUGCUUCUGUGUAAGUGUACAAGCCGUGGUUGGUCGACAUCUUUUGCUCGCAAUUGCAAGUCCAUUUAAUUUCGGAUUCGAGGGUGGUAUUCCUUGAUUACUGUAUUCUAGUAUGUAGAUUUCUGUUUGCCAGUUACUGCUUCUCAAUUUACAUGAUGAUACUACGAUACACAUAAUGAGUUCAUCAAAUAAAAGACCAUUUGGUAGCCCUCCACAUUUUUGGUCGAGGACUCCAGGUAAAGAGUUCUCUUCAUUUGCAUCCUGGGUAGUGGGUAUCAUAACUUUGUUCAACAUUUUUUUUUUUUUAACAAAAAGGAAAAGGAUAGAAAGAAAAUGGGUGGAAAAAAUUUAUACCAUUAGUUUGCCUUUUAACUACAUACUUGGUCCUAAUUAUAAGGUAUAAAUUAGCACUAAAGUUAAUUAAAAUUUGUACCUUAUGAUUGGGACCGAAAGAGA